AUGUCCGGUUCCGCUGGCAGCAAAAUCACGGUAGCUUUAAAGGCUGUCAGUCUCAGUGCCCGUGAACCUGCUGAGUUUGACUCGCCUGGAGGCGAGGAAAAUAAAAUUUUGUUUUAUUACCCAAACGAAGUAGAAAAGAAUGAAAAAAUUAGAAACGUCGGAUUAUGUGAAGCUAUUGUACAGUUUACCAGGACCUUUAGUCCAUCAAAACCUGCAAAAUCUUUACAUACGCAGAAGAACAGACAGUUCUUCAAUGAGCCCGAAGAAAAUUUCUGGAUGGUCAUGGUUGUUCGGAAUCCUAUCAUUGAAAAGCAAAGUAAAGAUGGGAAACCAAUUGUUGAAUAUCAAGAGGAGGAGUUGCUGGACAAGGUUUAUAGUUCAGUACUACAACAGUGCUACAGCAUGUACAAGCUUUUUAAUGGUACUUUUCUGAGGGCCAUGGAAGAUGGAGGUGUCAAGCUCCUAAAAGAAAGAUUAGAGAAAUUCUUCCAUCGGUACUUGCAAACGUUGCAUUUGCAGUCAUGUGAUCUCCUCGACAUUUUUGGUGGAAUCAGCUUCUUCCCCUUGGAUAAAAUGACUUAUUUGAAAAUCCAAUCCUUUAUUAAUAGAAUGGAGGAAAGCCUGAGUAUAGUCAAAUACACCGCCUUCCUCUAUAACGAUCAGCUGAUCUGGUAUUUGGCGGGAAGAGAUUCUCCAAUAAGGGCAGAGAUGCCAGGAAAUCUUCAACAUUAUGGAAGAUUUCUUACUGGACCCUUGAACCUUAAUGAUCCAGAAGCAAAAUGCAGAUUCCCCAAGAUUUUUGUAAAUACGGACGACACGUAUGAAGCCCUGCAUUUAAUUGUUUAUAAGGCCAUGAGUGCAGCCGUGUGCUUUAUGAUCGAUGCCUCUGUACAGCCCACGUUGGAUUUUUGCCGAAGACUGGACAGCAUUGUUGGGCCCCAGCUCACAGUGCUGGCAUCUGACAUUUGUGAGCAGUUUAACAUCAACAAAAGAAUGUCUGGGUCUGAGAAAGAGCCCCAGUUUAAGUUUAUCUACUUCAACCAUAUGAAUUUAGCAGAGAAAAGUACAAUUCACAUGAGGAAAACCCCUAGUGUGUCACUCACAUCCGUGCAUCCGGAUUUGAUGAAGAUUCUGGGUGACAUCAACAGUGACUUUACCAGAGUGGAUGAAGACGAGGAGAUCAUCGUAAAAGCAAUGAGCGACUACUGGGUGGUCGGGAAGAAGUCUGACCAGCGGGAGCUGUAUGUUAUCCUGAAUCAAAAAAAUGCAAACCUGAUCGAAGUAAAUGAAGAGGUGAAGAAACUUUGUGCGACGCAGUUCAAUAACAUAUUCUUCCUGGAUUGACGGAUAACGGCUCGCCGGGACAUCUUUUAAAAAAACAACUCCGCAGGCAUUCUGUUUACCACUGCAGGUUCUCGGUCAUAUUAUUGACUGAAUUAAUGACAAUAGUAAAGCAAUACUUGCUUUGAAGAAUCAAAUUUCUACUCAGUCUGAUGAUCCCCUGGGGUUUUU